GAGUACCUGAACCUGAACCUCCUCGUUACGUCGAUGGUGGAAGUUGGCAAAGAUGAUCCUUGGGGAUAUAGUUCAGUGUCUUACUUUUUGAUGAAAAUGCAUACGCUACUCCCAUUUCCACAGUGCAGCAUCGAUUUUUUUGUCCCUUCUCCACGCCUGGCCGCGAAUUCUAACUCUACAAGAAAGACGAACGAAGCAGCAAAGGUUCAAAUAUGUCAUCCGAAGAACACGUCGCACUGCCAAUUAUUGACCUGAGCGGGUACUUCCACCCAAAGUCUCCCGAGGAUCGGGAGCAUGUCAUCAAGCAAGUAUGCGACGCUGCCAGCCAAUAUGGCUUCUUCCAGGUCAAAGGCCAUGGGGUUCCCCUGGGUCUACAACAGGAUCUGAUCCGGUGCAUGGGUAACAUCUUCAACCUGCCUGAGGAGGUGAAGUUGGAGAUGUCCUUCCUCAGCAACCCUUGUCGCCGGGGCUACGAGGCAUCCGGCAUGUCGCAUCGGGAAGGGGAUGCGCUGCCCGAUGCCAAAGAGUGCUUCUUCAUUGGUCCUGAGGGCCCGACUGUCGAGCUGGGCGGCAUCUACGGACCUAAUGUGUGGCCUGACCUCCCAGACGCUGACUUCCGCGGGCCCGUCUGGACAUACUACCAACAGACCAGCAAGUUGGGCAAGGCGCUAUGGUCAGUCCUGCUCGAGGGCCUUGGCCAGCCGGUGCAGCUGGUAGAGCAGUUCAGCCGGCGGCCUAUCGUGCCCAUGAAGAUGAUCCGCUACCCGCCAAGCCAGCAGGUCGCCAAGGGUCAGUUCGGCAUCGGUGCGCACACCGACUUCGGCGGCAUCACCAUCCUGUUCCAGCAGCCGGGCAAAGACGGCCUUGAAGUAUGGCACGAAGGCCAACGCCAGUGGAUCGACGUUCCCGCUCUCGAGGAUGUCUAUGUCAUCAAUUGUGGUGACAUGGUGCAGCGCUGGUCUGACGGCGCCUACAAGAGCGCACGCCACAGGGUUAUCAACAAGUCUGACGGCGAGAGGCUGUCGUGCGCUACGUUUUGGCACGGUGAUGUGAAUGCCACGAACCCGCUUAGGCCCAACGACCCCAACAGGGAGACGGUCGGUCAGCUGCUGAUCAAGCGCUUCCGCAACCAAUAUUCAUUUACGAAAGAGCUUCUGGCUGAGGUUGGGGCCGCGUCAUGAGGUCGAUUAUCAUAGCACUUUAGCGGGAGCAACAACUCGCAGUACCAAUAUAUGCACCGUGCUGUUUCUAUAUUUCGAUGAUCCAGUGCUUCUGUAUAACAUCCAAGAGAUUUCUGACUCCUUC